CAGACAGCAGCGCCGUCCUGCGUCCUCCAGCCCCGGCAGGCUGCGCGUCCCCGGCUGUCCCCGCUCCGUCUUCUCUGCGUGUGAGGACAGUUUUGCAGAGCUGUGGACACAGUGAUACACACCGUCCGGAUCGGAGGCGAUGCCACCUCCUCCUGCGCGGCGUGUGGCGCCUUUCUGGAUGGAUUUCUGAAUGUUUUUCGGUUCUGGAGUGAUUGACCGCUCAGAGCCACAGUGGACGUGACAGAACCCGCAGGAGCGCACACGCAGACUGGAUUUCCUCUCGGUGGUCCCUGUUGGAGUCGACUGAGCAGCCUCUCUGUCACAGUUUUCCCACUCUGGGGUUUACAUCUACGACUCUGUGUAACCUGCACCUGCUGUGGGCUGAAAUGCGACACUCCUGACUGAUUGAUGAGCUUUGCUCUCGGCUGCAGAUGACCUGUGAGACACUUUAAUGAGCUUUUACAAGAUGAAAGGAUGCUGCAGGGACCUGACGAGGGACUGAGCCCGACCUGAACCCUGACCCCCGACCUUCAGAGCCCUUAGCGCCGCCAUCCCAUCAUGAACCUGCUGUGCCGCGGGCGCCUGAAGCUGCUGGUGGCGUCUCUCACGGCCGUCGUCCUGCUCACCUGGCUCUACCUGCUGGCCGGAAACCUGGAGAAUGGUCGCUCCCUCCUCCUGGCUCCCUGCCUGGCCGACACACCGGCGGCCCGAGUCCUAGAGCGAGCCGUGCUCGAGUCGCGGGUUCGAGAGGUGGAGGAGGAGAACCGGCAGAUCCGGUUGCAGCUCAGCCAAUCGCAAGGCACCGCCGCCCAGAUGCCUGAUGGUAACUAUGGCAACCAGCAGUGGGGCGCCUCUGCGGACACGGGACCGGAGGAUGGGGACAACACGGCGGAGGAGAAGAACAACCACACCGAGUGUCCCCGAGCGCCCACCGUUCAGAAGUGUGAGCUCAUCCACGUAGCCUGCGUUUGCGCCGGACACAACGCCAGCAGAGACGUGGUCACGCUGGUCAAGUCCGUCCUCUUUCACCGGAGAAACCCUCUUCACUUUCACUUCAUCACAGACACAGUAGCCAAUCGCAUCCUGAGUUCUCUCUUUCAGUCCUGGAUGGUCCCGUCUGUGCAAGUCAGCUUCUAUGACGCAGACGAACUCAAGUCCGAGGUGUCGUGGAUACCCAACAAACAUUACUCAGGUAUUUACGGCUUGAUGAAGCUGACGCUAACCAAAGCUCUGCCCUCAGACCUGUCCAAGGUCAUCGUCCUGGACACGGACAUCACCUUCGCUACCGACAUCGCUGAGCUCUGGGGCAUUUUCAGGAAGUUCACUGAUAAACAGGUCAUAGGCCUGGUGGAGAACCAGAGUGACUGGUACCUGGGGAACCUGUGGAAGAACCACAAACCCUGGCCUGCGCUGGGACGAGGUUUCAACACAGGCGUCAUCCUUCUCUACCUGGAGCGACUACGACGAAUCGGUUGGGAGCAAAUGUGGCGGCUGACGGCGGAGAGGGAGCUCAUGAGCAUGCUCAGUACAUCUCUGGCUGAUCAGGACAUUUUCAAUGCCUUCAUAAAACAGAACCCGGUCCUGGUGCACCAGCUGCCCUGCUUCUGGAACGUUCAGCUGUCCGAUCACACCCGCUCUGAGCAGUGCUACACCGAGGUGUCCGACCUCAAGGUGAUCCACUGGAACUCACCGAAGAAGCUCCGUGUGAAGAACAAACACGUGGAGUUCUUCAGGAACCUCUACCUGACCUUCUUGGAGUACGAUGGGAACCUGCUGAGGCGAGAACUGUUCGGCUGCCCGAGUCAGGCCAGUCCGGAGAGCGCCCAGCUGCAGGCAGCUCUGGAGGAGCUGGACGAGGACGAUCAGUGCUAUGACUUCCGUCGGGAGCGACUCACGGUUCACCGAGUCCACCUCUACUUCCUGCAGUACGAGUACACGCCCACUGAGGACGACACCGAUGUCACAUUGGUGGCCCAGCUGUCCAUGGACAGGCUGCAGAUGCUGGAGGCCAUCUGUAAGCACUGGGAAGGUCCCAUCAGCCUGGCGCUCUACAUGUCUGAUGCUGAGGCUCAGCAGUUCCUACGCUACGCUCAGGCCUCUGAGGUCCUCAAGAAUCGCAAGAAUGUUGGCUAUCACAUUGUCUACAAGGAGGGACAGUUUUACCCCGUCAACCUGGUGAGGAACGUGGCCCUGAAGAAUGCCAACACCCCCUACGUGUUCCUGACUGACGUGGACUUCCUACCAAUGUACGGUCUCUACGAUUACCUCAGAAAAUCUGUGGUGCAGCUGGACAUGGAUCACACUAAGAAGGCUCUGGUGGUUCCAGCCUUCGAGACGCUUCGUUACCGACUUUCCUUCCCCAAAUCCAAAGCUGAGCUGCUCUCCAUGCUGGACAUGGGGACUCUCUACACCUUCAGGUAUCAUGUGUGGCCCAAAGGUCACGCGCCGACCAACUAUGCCAAAUGGCGAACAGCCACCACACCUUAUAAGGUAGAGUGGGAGCCGGACUUUGAGCCAUAUGUUGUGGUGAGACGAGACUGUCCAGAGUACGACCAGCGCUUCGUGGGCUUUGGAUGGAACAAGGUGUCCCACAUCAUGGAGCUGGAUGCACAGGAGUACGACCUGAUGGUCCUCCCCAAUGCCUUCAUGAUCCACAUGCCCCACGCCCCCAGCUUUGACAUCUCCAAGUUCCGCUCCAGCUCCAGUUACCGCAACUGUCUGAACACCCUGAAGGACGAGUUCCACCAGGACCUGUCCAGGAAGUACGGCUCAGCUGCUCUCAAGUACCUCACGGCCCAGAGGAACAUCUAAAAUCCAGAACCGCUGAGAGCCAUCGAGCACGUCAGCCUCUGAGCUCCUGACCGGUGAGCUCCUGAGAGGUCGGACGUGAACUGAUGCAGCACCGCCAGCUGUGGAGAGCAAACUAUGACGUCAAAGCUUUACGGCCCUGUUGAACGUUCUCGGGCUCCUGUGCAUUAAUUCUCCAGUCGACUCCACCUCAAGGAGGACGACGUGCAGAGACAGAAAUCUGGACAGAGGAUUUCCUAAAGGCAGGAUUACUGUGCGAUGGACGAGUGUGGAUACUGACGGGACUAGCUUUAAGGCCAGGAAAGUACAUUCUUACAAUCUGUUCUGACAAUCAGGGCUUUUUCCAGAAGAUACAUUACGACCCAGUUUGGAUCCCUGGACACAACAGGACACGUGUAGUUUGGGGAAACAUUUGAAGCUAUGUUUGUACUUGUGAGGCCAGUCGAACUGGAGAAAGUUUUAAGCCUUAUCACUUUCAAUGGUAUUUACUGAGAUAUUUAAUAUUUUCAUUUCUUUUUUUUUUCCAGUGUAAAUCAGAACCAAUGAGAGCAAAUGUUGGCAUUUACUAUGUUUUGAUUACGGUUUUACAUAAGAUUUAUUUUUCUUUCUAUAUUUGCUGACCUCUUUUAAAGAAAAUCCAUCAUGUCCCAGUCGAAUUAUUUCAGAUUUUCUGUGGGCUUCAGGGAUGUGCUGCGUACGUGUGUGUGUGAGUGUGUGAUCCAGCUGUCUUCAACACGCUUACUGAUUGUCGUCAUCCUCGCUUUGUCUUGGUCAUACCUGCUUGCAUGUGACGAGUUGCACUACGUGUUCGUCCUCACAUGAGAAAACAGACAUUUUCGUUUUUUACCCAUCAUUCAUCCUUUUGAAAAGAGCAAAAAUCUGUCAGUGAUAGCAAAGGUAUCGUUACCGACUGGGACCAACCCUGAUACCUUACAGUGAGUACUUGAUGAAGAUAUGAAGGUGCUGCACUCAGACGAAGGGCAGAAGCAGUUUUAGGUUCUAGUGUUUGUGCCGUUGCAUUUAUGACGUGUCUGAUUCACUGGAUUUAUGUGCCAUCUACUGUACCACCCUACAAACAACCUGUUUUUAUAAAGACAAACUCAGAUCA